UAUUCAAUUGCAUUGCCCCGGGAAAGGGAAUGAUCCAACCAAAUGAAUUUUGAUUAUACAUAAGUUUAGACGUUAUUUACGCAAUAUAUUUAUAAUUUAAUUUAAUAUAGUUGGCCUUUUAGUCUAGUGUAGUGUAAGUGCUUUUCGGCAGCACCUUAUCAGUUGUUUUGAUUUAGUUUAGCACAAUGGCCGAAGAUGAGGAACAGCUUACUGAGAGUAAUCCUAACAUUAAUAGAAUUAGUGAAUUACCGGCGAAGAAAUUCGCUAUUACGAUGGAGUUCCCCUUGUUUGUUGUGAUGAUGGCAAUGUCGCUCUCUGGAGCGGCAAUGAGCAACAUUAUACUCUAUCGAACAUGCGUCCACGGUUUGUACCACACGGAAGACGAAUGCAGGCCAUUCCUCUCACCUGACAAAAACAACCAGACACAUGGCUUAGAAGCCGAAGUUCAGAAGUACGCGACAAUCGUUGGAACAGUAAGGGGUAUCAUAGAAGCGGUCGUGCCAGCGAUUCUGUCCUUCUUCCUAGGAGUAUGGUCUGACACGCAUGGACGAAAACCGCUGAUUGUGUGGCCGCUUUUGGGUAUAACAUUUUCUUCUGGAAUGUUCGUGGUCUACAGUAUGAUGGACAAUUUGGGACCCUGGUGGUUCAUUUUGACAGUCAUACCUUAUUCCCUCAGUGGGGGAUUCACAAUAUUUUUUACUGGGGCAUUUUGUUAUAUGAGUGACAUCACGACGGCUGAGAAUAGAUCUCUGAGGAUGACCCUCAUGGAAGCUACUGUGGGACUAGGCAGUGUUGUGGGUGGUUUAUUAAGUCCUUAUGUCCUAAGAAUGGUUGGAAAUGUGUAUCUUCUGUUGAUAUCUGCAGCGUUGAACGUUGUAGCAUACGUAUUUUCGAAUGUUUGUUUGAGGGAAUCAUUAAAUGGAGCAAUACAGGGUGGUAUCACUUCAGUAUUAGACUUCUUAUUAGUCAAAGAAAUGAUGAGAGAAUGUUUCAAAAGGCGACCAAACAAUGGCCGGGCACAAAUACUUCUCCUAACGGUUGCUAACUGCCUCUCCAUAUUUACACUGUACGGACUUAUAGGUCUAGAAUAUCUCUAUGUGAGGAAAAAACUUAAUUGGGCAAUGAAAGAGUAUACGCAAUUUUCAGCUUCAAGUACUGUGAUAGGUUUCAUCGGAUCUUUUGUAGGCAUUGUGAUACUACAAAAACUAUUUAGAAUAAGUGACUUGGUUAUAACCAAUUUAGCAUUUUUAUCGACAAUAGUUGAAUACGUUAUUAGAACGUUUGCUACGAAGUCAUGGCACAUGUACUUGGGAGCCUCAGUAUCGUCGCUCAAAGGUCUAAGUGCGCCUUUGAUCCGAUCGUUUUUGACAAAAAUAUUGCCAGUUGUGGAUAUAGCGAAGGUGUUCUCGUUGAUGUCAGCGAUCGAAGGCCUGUGUCCGUUGUUCUCUCCUUUGCUCUUCAACUCGCUGUAUCAGUUCACCGUCACAACAUUCCCAGGAUCGAUUUAUAUGCUCAGCAGUGGAGUUGCUCUUAUUAGCGCCGUGUGCAUAUCGGUGGUUCAAUAUUACCGGUGGAAUGUGUCAUCACCAUACCAGCCUUUGGCUUCAGCAUAGUAUAUUUUAAGAUAUUCUGAAGUCAUGAAUAAUACGUUGUACCAGAUAACACGGAAUAGGCCUCUAUUAGGCUGGCAAUAUCACUUGAUGGCACUGUACCGUAGUUACUUAGUAAGUAAGAAGACUGAAAACGUCAUAUCUAUCAAUGAAAACCGACGAACAUAUGAACAGCACGUGGUUGCACUGUGGUAUUAGUUAAGUAAAAAUGUUUUCUAUAACUUUUAGGUUUGGAUUUGAAUCAAAGUAAUGUGAUAUGUAGGAUUUAAGAUUUCACUAUACCCGAUGGUAGUAAAAUAUGUUUAAAGAUUUUUAAAACUUAGGCAUCAUAAUAAUCUAUUUACUUCAAUGACAUGAAAGAAAACUAUGUUUCUAACGAAGUUUCUAAGCUGAUCAGAAAACGGAUUCAAAUGUCUAAAAGAAAUGUAUGUUUUAUAUCGCCAUGAUGCCUUUGGGUUAAUGCACCCAUUCACGUUUUAUAUUAAUAUUCAAUGAAGCUAGUGAUGACUUUUGUAAAUUGGUAUUUUCUUCAUUUUUAUAAAAAUAUAAAAUUCUUGUUUGUAAUUAAAACGAUUUAGGUAUUGGAACACAAAUUUAUGGAGACGCUGAUUUUGUCGUAUAAUAACAAUAACUUGUUGGUUAUUAUUUUUGAAUUAAAAUAAAAGCAUGUUAAUGCACCCAUACACGUUUUAUAUUAAUAUUCAAUGAAGCUAGUGAAGCUGCUUAAUAUGGACUUUUAGAAAUUAUUAUUUUCUUGAGUUUAAAUGAAAAUUUACACAAUAUAAUAAUUCUUGUUUGCCAUAAAAACGAUAUAGGUACCUAUUGGAAUAUGGAGACACUGAUAUUUUGUGGAAUGAUAAAUACUUGUUAGGUUAUUUCUUAUUUUUCUGUCAAGUUCAGCAGCUUGGAAGAUACAAAGACACCCAAUUAUUGAAAUCUUAUCUAUAUAAUAUUAUAGGAAUGGAUUGUUAUUAUAAAAUACUAGCUGGUGCCCGCGACUUCGUCUGCGCAGGUUUAGUAUUUCGAACAAUAUGUUUACAAAUUGUAGCCUAUGUGUUAUUCUGAUGUAUAAGCUAUAUUAUUGUAAAGUUUCAUUAAAAUCCAUUCAGUAGUUUUUGCGUGAAAGAGUAACAAACAUCCAUACAUACAAACUUUCGCGUUUAUAAUAUUAGUAGGAUUGGGGCAUAUCAUCUCAUACCCAAAUUUUAAUAAGCCUAAAACUGGGUGUCCACAAUUUAAGGCCAAGUCCGGCAAUCAAUAUUAACGAGUUCCGAGUUUUGAACUACGGCGCCUGGUUUCAAGUUUACUCGAUAUUUUUAAAAUUAAUUUUCGGCUUGAAAAGCCAGUGAUAGAAUAAUCAGGAAAUCGUUGAAACGAUUUUUGGCAUAUUGGUGCUAUUUGAACAUUAUAGAAAAUUGAACAUGCUAUUAUCGCAUUUAAGUUAGUAAAAUUAAUUGUGAAGAGGUACAUUAUAAAAUUAAACAAAUGACUCCUUA